AGUCUUAUUUCUCUGUAUCAUGUUCUUGAGUUCACGUAGAUAUCUCAUGACGCCAUCGGACUCAGCCCAGUUAUUGCCAAUUGAGGUCUCCCAGUGCUUCUGGCUGACCGGAAAUGAGGCUAUCAAGGUGGCCUAGUGAACAUGUUUUGAAGCUCACACGUCAGCCUUGUGCGUGUCGAUCAAGGUACCAGACACCAACACUCGAACAUAUCCAACGGAGAAACAUCAAGUUAAACUUAUACAUGUCCACACAUUGUGUUCAAUCGGUCUUGUACCUCAAUAUCUAUUUGCUUGAAACAAUUCCACAACAUCGCCUCGACUCAUCCUGAAAGCUUGAAGGCCAUUCCCGCAAGGCGCACACUCAUAGUUCAUCAGACCAAGAAGACUUGAGUUCAGCUUUAUCGCAACCGCCGCUCAGAAAGAGGUAGUCGCUAUGUAUAUUUUUGGAGAAGUAGCUUGUAUUGUCAUCGCAAGCUUCGCAAUACUGGCCUCGGUCUUGUGGACUGCAUAUGCUGCUCAUGCGACUGUCUUCUUUGAUCAGGAACCUCGAUCAGAAAAUAACAAGCUCUCAUCUGCUGAAUUCGCCACUGCCUUUUGCCUGAAAUUCUUUGGAUUUAUCAUCCUCACACCGCCGACACUAGCUUACUGCAUUGUGGUUUUCUGUCUGGCAAUUGCCGCUAUCGUCCCUGGCUUUCUCUUCGGAGCUUGCGUUGAACCCGUCUGCAGUCCUUUCGCUUGCAGCAAAACCGCAAAUGUGGCCGACAUUCUGGCCGUCGCCUUCUACCCUUGUGAUUACGUCUUCCGUUACUGGCAAGCCUACAGUAUGUGGCUCGUUGGAGACGAGUGGGAGGAAUCAACAUCUGCAGGAGCUUCAUUGCCACCUGAGGGUUCAGAGAAGGCAAUCAAGAGCCAAACCAGCGAUCUCAACUCCAAGUAAUCGAGGUCAGUAGAACGAUCUUCUCCGGCGAAG